AAUAUAUCAAAUAACUAAACAGUUUAAUAAGGUAUACUUGGUAAACCUCGUUCUCUCUUUCUUGAACCAACUCUCCAACAAGUGAUUCGUACAGACCCUUGAAAGCUCAUUUUGUCGCAACCAACUUGAAUACUCUUCUUCUGAAAACUAGUUCUUAACGCGUAAAUACUGUACCUAUGGAAAAAAUGCUACCUAGGGUCUAAAUCCCACCACUUUAUGCAACAGCAAUAGCGUUAGCAAUAAUCAGCUAUAUAGAUGAACUCUUGUGUUGCAGCAGAAUAUUGUGAAGUUAUUCUCUAAUCUACAUUCGAUUGUGAGCGCCUUAUUUUUGUGCGACACACCAGCUAAGGGCCAGUGAAACACUACGAAACUCGGUCACUAUCUAGUACAUGUCUGAUUUACGACAAACACAAGCCAAAAGCCUUGUGAGGACCAUUUUCGCUGCCGCUGGUGUUAAAAGACUUUUCCUACACCCUGUCUGUUCUGCCGUAACGCUCACGCCCGUUCGUAGCCAUAUGAUCGUUACAAGCAGAGAUAAUCGCUUCCUCAAUGCUUGUUUUCACUCCCACCGCGCCAAUGGGACUCCUACUGUGUUAGGUUGGCGGGCUGCUGAACGAGGCCUCAACACAGACACGCGACACCGACCAAUAGAGAGUCGCAGACAAACCGAGAGAGACAGCGAGGGGCUGAGAGAGCACCACCAUAUGGGAAAGAGUACGGUGCCCUAUACUCUAUUUGAACACGCAGCAAUUUGCAGGCGUCAUUAAACCACGGCGCCUUGAUCGCACGGACGAGCAAGCGAAACUACUCGCCAGCAGAAUGCAGAUUAGGUCGGUUGUUCCUUUUUCACCAAUAAGGCAACAAAAACUGUUGCGCUAUCGGCUCAUUCAGUUACGAGUGAAUUGAACUACGGCUUCUUUUAGGUACAAAGAAAUAAAAACACCCGAUUUUAGUUCCUGCAGGCUGAGGCGCCGCGCUGCGCCGCCUGGUGUAGCGACGCACGCAAUCUCAAAUCAGAUUGCUAUGACCACCUCUUCUUAUAUCGAGAGAGGCAGGACCUGUUUUAUUACAAAUGACCAACGCUCUGUUCACAUUUAAGCAUAGACCAAUCACAUCUAUUAGCCUCACGCUGAUUGAUUGACUAGAGACACUAGGCACUAACGACCACGACUGCUGCUACUACACCCUGACUACGACACAAUUGUACGGGAGCAAUAAUCGGCUGUUUACAGGUCUUUUCACAUCGACGCUUAUCUGACCUCCUUUCGCUACCGAUUGUGCCGCUGGCGUCAUUCUGCUAAUGAAAUGGAUUGAUCGUAGUAUAGCUCUUGUCAACGCCAAAAUAAUUUCGGUCUGCGCGUCCUUGUGUUGUAACGUGUUACUGUUAUCGUCGUGAGAGUGACGGGACGCAAUCGCUCGUUUGAAGGUAGCUGAUGCAGCUGACAGACAAACUUCUCAACCGCACAGACCACAAAGUCCUUGACACUAAACCUGACUUCAACAGAUCCUACUGCUACCGCCAUCGUUGUUUUCAGGUGGAAAAGGAACAACCGACCUAAACUGCUUUCUGCUGACGAGUAGUUCCGCUUGCUCGUCCGCGCGAUCAAGGCGCCGUCGCUUAAUGACGCCUGCAAAUGACUGUGUGUUCAAAUAGAACGCAGGGCGCCGUACCCUUUCCCAUAUGGUUAUGCCCUCUCAUCCCCUUGCCGUCGUUGGCCUUCUCUCUCGGUUUGUUUGCGGCUCUCUAUUGCUCGGUGUCGCGUGUCUGUAUCAAUAUCAGUAAUCAGCAAAUCGUGGUAUAGAUAUUACGCAUUGCUUGUUUUCCCUGGUGUCUGUGCGCGAGCGCAGCGCUUCCAUAUCUUCCUUCAGUUUAAUUGAGUGCUGCCUGCUUUGUUUGAUUUUAUUGGUUUAGCUACUCCGCCUUUCCGUCGAGCGCUAACAUGUCGUCGGCAUCGGACAUCAAUAUGAACAGCGUAGCCAGAACCAUUCUGGUCGAUGUCAGUCUCGCUAGGUCCGACGCUCAGAGCGUCGCUGAUACCCUUCGUGUGAUCGACGAACAGGUCGCUCCAUUAGGCUUGCAGCGUAAAUUUGAAGUACUACAGUUAACUGAUUCGCAGUUGUAUAUUUAUGUUAGCAAAAGCUACGCUAGUGGCACGCUUCGCAUCUACCCCUCGAAGAAGUUGGCCACCCUAACGAUCGAAGAGUCUAGUGAGGAUCAAGCAAUGACCAAUGAAGACAUCGAGUCGCUGCGGAAACAGCUAAUGCGCGAACUCGAGGUACGCGUCGUAAGGGUGCCUCAUCUGAAGAGGGGCCCGCCUGUCGCCAACUAUUACACGUCGGCUAAUGAACGACUGUUCGAAUACGAUUUCGAAGAGAUUUUAUUUGAGAAGAAGAGCGACUUUCAAGAAGUGAAGAUUCUCAAGUCACCGACAAUGGGCGCUGUGCUUUUUCUUGACGAUUUGCAAAAUCUUGGCGAGUGUGAUUUGCCGUACACGCAUGGCAUCAUGAACUUCGGCGAUUACAGCUACACAGAUAAAGAAAUCCUUAUCCUUGGCGGCGGAGACGGAGGACUGCUGCACGAACUACUCAAGGAGAAACCGAAGUUUGUUACAAUGAUUGAUAUCGACGACGUUGUGAUGAAAUCUUGCCGCAAAUUUCUUCGAGGUGCUUGUGGUGAUGCGCUCGAUUCGUAUGAGGGUGAUAACUAUCAAGUAAUUGUAGGCGACUGCCUUAAAUACAUGGAUAAAUACGCGAACGAAGGCCGUAAAUUUGAUGCGAUUUUCGGCGAUCUCACCGAUGUGCCAAUUGUCACUGGUGAAAACGGUAAUGAACAACAACAUGAACAGUGGCAGUUCCUGUCGAAGGUGGUCAACGAUAGCCUAAAACUGCUGAAAGUUGGCGGCGUAUUUCAGAACCACGCGACAGGCAAGGGUUGCGGUAACGCGUUAGAAACCUACGAAAACUUCCUUAAAACUUUGAAGGAUACACAUUUCACAAAACGCAGUCGUUUUGUUCCGUCAUUUCUCGAGGACUGGGUAUUCUACUCCGUUUAUCUGGACAAAUAAUAAUUGAAUUCUGUCCAAAAGAUGCAUCAUUAUCAGAUGAGUAUAACCUAUAGAUGUUGUACUAUAAUCACUCGAAAGAGCUGAGCUAAACAAAAAGAAGACCAGAGAGCGAUUCGGGCGUGGUCGGGAUAAGCAGAUAGAUUCCACAAAGACCAGAGGGCGAUUCGGGCGUGGUCGGGAUAGGCAGAUGGAUUCUACAAAGAGAGAACAACCAAAUAUCAAAGCUUUACUGUUCACUAUGCUUGUUAUUGAUUCUAGAGAGCGCAACGAUCUUAAGAAUCCGUCGGAAAGAUGUCAUAUUGUGUUGAAGAAUAAUCAAUGGCGACUGCUGUUUCAAAUUAUUCGCUAAAGUUGAUCGAGUAUUAAUAAUUCUAUUUACGAAAUUUCGGCAACAAGCAAUAAAAUUGAUUAAUAUUCAUGCUACAUCGCUGUGCAUCCAUACAUUCCGUUAUAUAAACGGGAGCGUUUUCUCAGAUUCUAUCUACUGAUAUUACAAAGUAUCCCUCUUCUUCUAUUGUAUAUAUAUACAUUAGAAUUACACGUAUCUACUUGUUUUAGAACUAUCCAUAAAACGAUUAAGAAUUUUAUCCCAAUAAGCGAUUAAAUAAACCUAAAAAUCGUAUCAAACCAAUUAAUCGUAUUAUCAAUCAUAUUUUCCCGCAAAAUUAUUUUUAUGAGCAGUAUAUAGACAGUAUAAACAUUGAUUGUUGCUUCUUUGCAGAACAGGGCUGAUUGCGAUUUCGAAACAAUGUGUAUCGAUCGUCAAAACUAAAAGCUCCUAAACCCAAAGAAGUGUAUAGAAGAAAGUACAUAGAUUUUGAAAAAUCAGUAGCCAAAAAAAAAUGUUAGAAAAUAUUUGAAACGAGAGUAAGAGAAAAUCAGUUCGCUUCUUUAAAUGUAAUGCUUUUGCAGACCAACUAUACGUUUAUAUAGUGCGCACGCACUAUUUCGUACUGAAUACGAUUCUUAUGUUCGCUUUAUGAGAUGUAAAUCUAUCUGAAACGGUCGCUCAUUAAUGGAAUCAAUAUGAGAGGUUGCGCAACGCCCCCUAUAAAAAAAUAGUUUUGCAUUUUUGGGAGCAAUCAUUCUAGAGAAAAUUUAGCUAUUAAAGGUUAGUUAAUUGUUUUUCCUUUGUUAUCAUAUUUUAUGAAUUUUCGUCAUGAAAGGAGAAUGAAAAAGGGAACUAGGCCCGGAAGUUUUCCGAAAUGAGUUAAAUCUUAAACAUCUAAUAUUUGGCAUUUUACAUUUUUUCCAAAAAAAAAAAAGAUUCCAACUUUCCGCAUAGAUAAACGACAUCUUUUGAUUCGGACGACUUUGCAAGCGCCUAACUUAGCAAAUGACGGUGGGAAAAUUUAUUUUAAUCAUGGUAGUAUACAUAGCCGGUCUAGCCCUCCAUGUUUUUAAUGUUACCUUUUUGCGUUAACGUUAACGCAAAAAGUUAACGUUAAUGUUAACUUUUUGAGACAACUGCAGAACAACGAAUGGCAGUUCCUUAUGAUUUGAUAGAUAUUUCAAAAGUAAAUUUAAAAAAGGUGUUCGAUUA